UGCAAACAAGGGCUUCUGAAGAACAUUCUUUCAUUCUUUAAACGUCGCUACAACUACCACUCCCACGCGCUACAAUCAACCGUACAGAGCUCUGCUUUACAUCGCUUGCUCCGACCUCGCGCCCCCAAUUCUGCACCGCUGAAAUAGCUCCCUCGCUCUAGCAGCUGCACCGAACGAAGAGCCCUCGUUACAAGCACAGCUUCUCUCACCCCACUCAAUCGCUCGCUCCCUGCAGAGCAGCCAGACUCCCAAUAUCCUUCAGAAGCAGAAUCUGCACUCGGCACAAUGACGUCCAGCGUCCUCGCCUCGCGCGACGCAAACACGCAGAUCAAGCCCUCGCCCUCGCCCGAGAAGACCGACAAGGACAUGCCUAAGAGCCUGGAGUACCACCGCCAGAUGCUGCAGUCGCGGUUGAACGACAACGAGGUCCCGCAAUACGUCUCUCCCUCGGACGAAAUCAUGUCGCCUGCGAGCCAGAAGUUGAAUGCGUUUCGCACCAAGCAUGCUAUGAAGAAGUCGAAGCCGCAGACUCUGUUUAAGAAGACGAGCACCAAGAACUUCGAGACGGCGAGUAAGGGUGGUGCCAUGUUCGCGGAUAUCCCCAAGGCUGCGCCGGAGGAGAAGGAUGAGGAUGCUGAGAUGGCGGGACAGUGGAGGGACUACUAGGCAUUUGCCAUAAAGUAUAUUGCUAUGGGUUACGGGAUUCGGCGUUUCUUUUGUUCUCUCGUCUCCUACGAGCGCGGUCUGUCACUCUUGGAGAUGUUUGCGAUCGAGGGGUUUGGGUGGAAAACCUGGGUAUGACCUUGGAAGGGGCGGCAUUCACAUUCGGUAUGGCGUUUGGCGUUCUUUUCUCGAUGAACCGGGCAAGAGAAUGUACCAGUAUUAGACCCAAUUGAAUGCGAUUCUACAGUAA